CCGCGCAUUUCGAGUUGCCACAAAGCCGCCGCCCCAUGGCCAGCAGCAGCAGCAGUACCGAGUACGAGGCCAUGGUCGAGGACCUCAUCCCGGACGCCCAGGCGCCCGGCGCCGUCUGCCUCGAGGACUUCUCGCUCAUCCGGGUCAUCGGCAAAGGCUCGUUCGGCAAGGUCACGCUCGUCCGCAAGAAAGACAACUCCAAGGUCUUCGCCAUGAAGAUCCUCAACAAGGCGUUCAUUAUCAAGCGCAACCAGGUCGAGCACACGCGGACCGAGCGCAAGGUGCUCGCAGUCGUCUCGCACCCGUUCAUCGUGAGCCUCCACUACGCGUUCCAGACCAACGACAAGCUCUACUUUGUGCUCGACUAUUGCCCCGGCGGCGAGCUCUUCUUCCACCUCACGCGCCUCGGCAAGUUCACCGAGGCCAUGGCGCGCUUCUACAGCGCCGAGCUCGUCGUCGCCCUCGAGCAUCUGCACUCGCUCGGCGUCGUCUACCGCGACCUCAAGCCCGAAAACAUCCUCCUCGACGAGCUCGGCCAUUACCUCGCGCCCGAAGUCCUCGCGCGCAAGGGCCAUGGCACCGCCGUCGACUGGUGGGGCCUCGGCAUGGUGCUCUUUGAGAUGCUCACCGGCAUGCCGCCGUGGUAUACGCGGAAUCGUCAGGACCUCUACGCCCGCAUCCGCGAUGCGCCGCUGGAGAUCCCGCACUACGUCAGCCACGAAGCCGCCUCGCUCAUCCGCGCGCUUCUGCACCGCGACCCGGACAAGCGGCUCGGUGGCGUGAAGGGCCAUGGCGCCGCCAACGUCAAGGCCCAUCCUUUCUUUGCGAGCGUCGACUGGGACGGCCUCCUGUGGGCCGAGCCGCCGUUCCACCCGAAUGCGAAGAAGGACGACGCCGAUACCUCCAACUUUGAAAAAGAGUUUACAGAAAUGCCGGUCCACACGCCCGUGAGUCUCAACCCGGUCUCGGCGCAAGCCAUUCCCAAGAGCAUGUUCAACGGGUUCACGUACGAAGCGCCGUCUGUCUCGCUCGGCUCCAACUCGUCGCAGUCCAAAGUCGAAGCCGCGACCGCGCAGCCGUUUAUCUAA